GCGCCGCAUCGGCAGCAUGACGGGCGCCGAGCAGGCGCAGUACCAGAAGAUGCCCACGGACGAGUCGGAGGCGCAGACGCUGGCCUCGGCCGACCUGGACUACAUGAAGAGUCACCGCUUCGAGGACGUGCCCGGCGUGCGCCGGCACCUGGUGCGCAAGAGCGCCAAGGCGCAGGUGGUGCACGUGGGCAAGGAGCACAAGGAGCCCAGCACGCGGCUGCGCAAGCAGGACCGGCAGCCGCACGAGGUCUUCGUGGAGCUCAACGAGCUGGUGGUGGACAAGAACCAGGAGCUGCAGUGGAAGGAGACCGCUCGCUGGAUCAAGUUUGAGGAGGACGUGGAGGAGGAGACCGACCGCUGGGGCAAGCCGCACGUGGCCUCGCUCUCCUUCCGCAGCCUCCUGGAGCUGCGCAAGACGCUGGCGCACGGCGCCGUCCUGCUCGACCUGGACCAGAAGACGCUGCCCGGGGUGGCUCACCAGGUGGUGGAGCAGAUGGUCAUCACGGACCAGAUCCGGGCUGAGGACCGCGCCAACGUGCUGCGCGCGCUGCUGCUCAAGCACAGCCACCCGAGCGACGAGAAGGACUUCUCCUUCCCGCGCAACAUCUCAGCGGGCAGCCUGGGCUCGCUGCUCGUGCACCACCACAGCACCAACCACGUGGGCGAGGGCGGCGAGCCGGCCGUCACCGAGCCCCUCAUGGGCGGCCACGGCGCCGAGCACGACACGCGCGUGGACGUGGAGCGCGAGCGCGAGGUGCUGACGCCCACGCCGCCCGCCGGCAUCACGCGCUCCAAGUCCAAGCAUGAGCUGAAGCUGCUGGAGAAGAUCCCGGACAACGCGGAGGCCACGGUGGUGCUCGUGGGCUGCGUGGAGUUCCUGGACCAGCCCACCAUGGCCUUCGUGCGGCUGCAGGAGGCCGUGGAGCUGGACGCGGUGCUGGAGGUGCCCGUCCCUGUGCGCUUCCUCUUCGUGCUCCUGGGGCCCAGCAGCACCCACAUGGACUACCACGAGAUCGGGCGCUCCAUCUCCACCCUCAUGUCUGACAAGCAAUUCCACGAGGCCGCCUACCUGGCCGACGACCGCCACGACCUGCUCACGGCCAUCAACGAGUUCCUGGACUGCAGCGUGGUGCUGCCGCCCUCCGAGGUGCAGGGCGAGGAGCUGCUGCGCAGCGUCGCCCACUUCCAGCGCGAGAUGCUCAAGAAGCGCGAGGAGCAGGAGCGGCGCCUGCUGCUGGAGCCCAAGUCUCCCGAGGAGAAAGCACUGCUCAAGCUGAAGGUGGUGGAGGGCGAGGGCGAGGAGGAGGACGACCCGCUGCGACGCACGGGCCGCCCCUUCGGGGGGCUGAUCCGCGACGUGCGGCGCCGCUACCCCCACUACCUGAGCGACUUCCGUGACGCGCUCAACCCGCAGUGCAUCGCCGCCGUCAUCUUCAUCUACUUCGCCGCCCUGUCCCCGGCCAUCACCUUCGGGGGGCUGCUGGGCGAGAAGACGCACGACCUGAUCGGCGUGUCGGAGCUCAUCAUCUCCACAGCGCUGCAGGGCGUCCUCUUCUGCCUGCUGGGCGCCCAGCCGCUGCUCGUCAUCGGCUUCUCGGGGCCACUGCUCGUCUUCGAGGAGGCCUUCUUCACGUUCUGCACCUCCAACGAGCUCGAGUACCUGGUGGGGCGCGUCUGGAUCGGCUUCUGGCUCAUCCUCAUCGUGCUGCUCAUGGUGGCCUUCGAGGGCAGCUUCCUGGUGCGCUUCGUGUCCCGCUUCACCCAGGAGAUCUUCGCCUUCCUCAUCUCCCUCAUCUUCAUCUAUGAGACCUUCUCCAAGCUGGCCAAGAUCUUCCAGGAGCACCCGCUGCACGGCGCGGUGCCAGGCAAUGGCACAUGGGGCCGCGCGGCGCCCAAGGUGACGGGGCAGCCCAACACGGCGCUGCUAUCCCUGGUGCUCAUGGCCGGCACCUUCUUCAUCGCCUUCUUCCUGCGCAAGUUCAAGAACAGCCGCUUCUUCCCCGGACGGAUCCGGCGCCUCAUCGGGGACUUCGGCGUGCCCAUCGCCAUCCUGGUCAUGGUGCUGGUGGACUACAGCAUCCAGGACACGUACACGCAGAAGCUGAGUGUGCCCAGCGGCUUCUCGGUGACGGCCCCGGAGAAGCGCGGCUGGGUGAUCAACCCCCUGGGCGAGAGCAGCGACUUUCCCGUGUGGAUGAUGGUGGCCAGCGGCCUCCCUGCCAUCCUGGUCUUCAUCCUCAUCUUCAUGGAGACCCAGAUCACCACGCUGAUCAUCAGCAAGAAGGAGCGGAUGCUGCAGAAGGGCUCUGGGUUCCACCUUGACCUGCUGCUCAUCGUGGCCAUGGGCGGCUUCUUCGCGCUCUUUGGGCUGCCCUGGCUGGCGGCGGCCACGGUGCGCUCGGUGACGCACGCCAACGCCCUCACCGUCAUGAGCAAGGCCGUGGCGCCCGGCGACAAGCCCAAGAUCCAGGAGGUGAAGGAGCAGCGGGUCACCGGGCUGCUGGUGGCUGUGCUCGUGGGCCUCUCCAUCGUCAUCGGGGACCUGCUGCGGCAGAUCCCGCUGGCCGUGCUCUUCGGCAUCUUCCUCUACAUGGGCGUCACCUCCCUGAACGGCAUCCAGUUCUACGAGCGCCUGCAGCUGCUGCUGAUGCCCCCCAAGCACCACCCCGACGUGCCCUACGUCAAGAAGGUGCGCACGCUGCGCAUGCACCUCUUCACCAGCCUGCAGCUGGCCUGCCUGGCCGUGCUCUGGGCCGUCAUGUCCACCGUGGCCUCCCUGGCCUUCCCCUUCAUCCUCAUCCUCACCGUGCCCCUCCGCAUGUGCCUGCUCAGCCGCAUCUUCACAGACCGGGAGAUGAAGUGUCUCGACGCGGACGAGGCCGAGCCCAUCCUGGACGAGCGGGAAGGGGUGGACGAGUACAACGAGAUGCCGAUGCCGGUGUGAGCGGCGGGGCCGCCGCGGCGCCUGCGCCUGUGCCUUCGCCCCGGGCGACGCUCCUUCCCGGCCGGGAUCCUGCCAAAGAG